AUGUCACCGCAAAUGGUUUGUGCGAUCGGCGUUGUUGAGUUGUAUUUGGUGAGGGGUGAGGCGAUCGCUGCGUUCCUCUUCUUUGUCAUGAGUUUCGCACCACUCGCAGUUGUCAACGAGGCUUUCUACAGAGGACUGAAGUAA